CUCCACUCCUGCCAGCUUUCUCCUAUAAAUUGCCACCCCAAAAUCCAAAUCCCACACACAACACACAAACACACAAAAUACACAACAAAAUCCAACUCCCACGCACAAAACACACAUUUAGGCAAGAAAAGAAGCCACCACAAAGGCUAGUAAGAUGGAGAACUUCCCAGUAAUCAACAUGAAAAACCUCAAUGGUGACAAGAGAGCUUCCACCAUGGAGCAUAUAAAGGAUGCUUGUGAAAACUGGGGUUUCUUUGAGUUGGUGAACCAUGGAAUCCCACAUGAGAUGAUGGACACAGUUGAAAGAUUGACAAAAGGUCAUUACAAGAAAUGCAUGGAGCAAAGGUUCAAGGAGUUGGUGGCAAGCAAGGCUUUAGAGGGUGUACAAGCUGAGAUUACUGAUAUGGAUUGGGAGAGCACAUUUUUCUUGCGCCACCUUCCUGUCUCAAACAUUUCACAAGUCCCUGAUCUAGAUGAUGAAUACAGGACCAUCAUGAAGGAGUUUGCUGUAAGAUUAGAAAAACUGGCUGAAGAACUUCUUGAUUUACUAUGUGAAAAUCUUGGUCUUGAGAAGGGCUAUUUGAAGAAAGCCUUUUAUGGUUCAAAAGGUCCCAAUUUUGGCACCAAGGUUAGCAACUACCCUCCAUGUCCCAAGCCAGAAUUGAUUAAGGGACUUCGACCACACACUGAUGCUGGUGGGAUUAUCUUGCUUUUCCAAGAUGAUAAAGUAAGUGGUCUACAACUGCUCAAGGGUGAUCAAUGGGUUGAUGUCCCUCCAAUGAAGCACUCUAUUGUGGUCAACCUUGGUGACCAACUGGAGGUGAUUACCAAUGGAAAAUACAAAAGUGUGCUCCACCGAGUCAUAGCUCAAACAGAUGGAAAUAGGAUGUCACUUGCUUCAUUCUACAAUCCAGGCAAUGAUGCAAUUAUAUAUCCAGCACCAGCACUGCUGGAAAAAGAAGCAGAAGAAAGAAAAGAAGUCUACCCAAAAUUUGUUUUUGAUGACUACAUGAAACUCUAUGCUGGACUUAAAUUCCAGGCCAAAGAGCCAAGAUUUGAACUAAUGAAGAACGUGGAAGCCAAUGUUACCAUGGGUCCAAUUGCAACAGCUUAGACUCAUAGGAAUAAAACAGUGCUAGGAUGUUUUCUUCUCCUCAUAUGUUUUCUACUUAUUAUUAUUUUUUUUAUUGUGGGGGUUGUUGGGUAUUCCUAGUCAUUUGUUGCUCGGGUCCUUUAUACAUCUGAGGGACCAAAAUUUAUUAUGUCGUAAGAAUUCUAAGACAAAGAAAUAAAAUAAGCUAUACAUUUCUCCAAAAUCA